GCCUUCUCUGUAGUCUUCUCAGUGGAGGCGCGCAUCUUUGGCUGGCUGCUGAGGCGAUGGCGGUGCUCACUUUGCUGGAGAUGGGCGGCUCUCUCCUGGAGAAGGUGGCCUUCGGCGGACCCAUCUCCUUCCUCCUGGCCGCUUCGGCCUUCGCCUUGAGUUUGGGUUACUUGCUGCAGCUGGGCUCCAAAAACAGGCGUCAGUCCAAAGGGAACCAGAGGUAUCCACCUUACAUUUCAUCAAAUAUCCCAUUUUUGGGGCAUGCUAUUGCAUUUGGGAAAAAUCCUAUUGAAUUUUUGGAAAAUGCCUAUGAAAAGUAUGGACCUGUAUUCAGCUUUACUAUGGUGGGGAAGACAUUCACCUAUUUGCUGGGAAGUGAUGCUGCUGCACUUCUGUUCAACAGUAAAAAUGAAGACUUGAAUGCAGAAGAUGUGUAUUCACGUUUGACUACACCUGUCUUUGGGAAGGGAGUGGCGUAUGAUGUCCCCAACCCAAUAUUUUUGGAACAAAAGAAGAUGUUAAAAUCUGGACUAAAUAUAAGUCAAUUUAAGAAUCAUGUACCAAUCAUAGAAAACGAAACCCUGGAAUAUUUCAAAACAUGGGGAGACAGUGGAGAACGUAACUUAUUUGAAGCACUUUCAGAACUGAUCAUUUUGACAGCCAGUCAUUGUUUACAUGGGAAGGAAAUACGGAGCAUUCUCAAUGAGAAGGUGGCAGAACUCUAUGCUGAUCUGGAUGGAGGAUUUACUCACGCUGCUUGGCUUUUGCCCGGCUGGCUGCCUUUGCCUAGUUUCAGGCGCAGAGACAGAGCCCACUGUAAAAUAAAGGCUAUUUUCUAUGAAGUAAUACAGAAACGCCGGCAGUCUGAAAACAGAGAGGAUGACAUGCUACAAACACUAUUGGAUGUUACCUACAAAGAUGGGCGUUAUCUGACAGAUGAUGAAAUUGCUGGAAUGCUUAUCGGGCUGCUGUUGGCAGGUCAGCACACAUCUUCAACCACAAGUACUUGGCUUGGCUUCUUUUUGGCAAGAGACAAAUCCCUCCAGGAACAGUGUUACGCGGAACAGAAAGCAGUGUGCGGAGAGGAUCUGCAUGCAUUAAACUAUGAUCAGCUGAAGGAUAUGACAUUGCUGGAGAAUUGUUUGAAGGAAACAUUAAGACUCAGACCUCCUAUCAUGACCAUGAUGAGGAUGGCUAGAACGCCACAGACUGUUGCUGGCUACACAAUUCCUCCAGGUCAUCAAGUUUGUGUAUCCCCUACUGUAAAUCAUAGACUUAAGGACUGUUGGAUAGAAAACCUAGACUUCAAACCACAACGUUACCUCCAAGAAAACCCUGCAGCUGGAGAAAAAUUUGCAUAUGUGCCUUUUGGUGCCGGCCGUCAUCGUUGCAUCGGGGAGAACUUUGCUUAUGUUCAGAUUAAAACAAUUUGGUCAACUCUUCUGCGUUGGUAUGAAUUUGACUUGGUGGAUGGAUAUUUCCCUACCAUAAAUUAUACAACUAUGAUCCACACACCUAAGAACCCAAUCAUUAGAUACAAACGGAGAUCACACAUCAAUGUAACUUCUUCCAGCUAAAUUUCCUGAAGAUAUUUCUAUACAAGUUAGAUGAAGAUCCUUAAAGAGGAGGCUGGUUUGCGCCUGUACUGUUGUAAAGAAAUGUGAAUAUUUGUGCUGUUUCUUAAACCUAAGAGGUGUUUGUUUUUGAAUUUUUCCCACUUUCAUAUUCUGUAUCAUAACUAGAAUGUAUAUUUUAAUUACUUGUGCCUUUUAUUAACUGAAUUCCUAUUUUUACAAGACUGAUUUUGAGCAGGUUCCGCAAUAACUUCAGUUUUGAUACUCAUGAAUUAAUUAGGAACAUAACCUGAAAUAUUAGGAUAAAAAAGAGGUGUGUCAUCACUACUAUAGUCUAGUAUUUUUAAAAUUGCCAUAAUGUGAUGAAGCAAAACAGAAGUAAUUGUUAUACAGCUUGAAUGGUUAAUACAUUUUCCUAAAGCAGUUAUACCACCUUCUUAAAAAUGACCUUUAAGUUGUUUUUCUUUAAAAAAGAUACUCAUAAUCACUGACAAAUACAAAUCUUGUUAUCAAUUUUGCAUUGAACUCUAGACCCUGAUACUUAAUGUGAUUUCUACUUAGAGACAGUUUCAAAUACCACAGAGAAUACAGCAAACACCAGCUCAAAUAAAGCCAUCUAAGAAUAAAACCAGAAGAGAGCAAGAAGCAGUAGUAGCUUCUUUGUAGAAUAGAGGUUAAUGUAUCACCUUAUGGAUGUUGAUGGACUACAAUGUUUAUCAGCUCUAGGUUGCACAAAUAGGAAUGAGAGGACUUCUAAAUCCAGUAAUGUGUAUUUUGUAUGUGUCAUGUAUUUAGUCAUGUUAGAUUGCUAAUUGUAUUUGCUUGAAUAUACUGGUAAUUGGGCCAGCUGCAACAUCAGCAAAAUUUUUAAUUAAAUGUGAUAAAAUUUAUUUGUGAUGCUAAAUAUAUUCAGUAAUUCUGGCAGUGAAGAAUAUACAAGGAUAAGGAUUGACGUGACAAGUAUUUCAUUUCCAACAUGACUGCUUUUCAAUAAUCCCAAUGAAGGAUGUCUUUACAACCAAAACACUCUCUAGCUAUUCCUAAUAAAUUUUCCUAACAGAUAGAAAUGUGCAGAGUCAGGAUGAGUGUUCAGGUACUGUUUCCAUUGUUGUUUUAGAACACUUUUGGCAUCUCUCAGAUAAUUAAGCCUCUGAGAUGAGGCUUCUUUAUAGAAUGCUUUUGGGCACGUGUGUGCUGGCCAAACAGGAGACAUAACUCUUCAGGUUGCAUACAAAAGGGACCAAAACAUACAUACUUAUGGCAUAGAGCAGAAAAAUUCUGCCAGUGGAGAGAGCAAGAGGAACUGAGAGAUGAAAUAGCUGUAGGAAAUUCUGACUUAUAAGGGCAUAGGUUGAUCUUUUCUGUUUCAAUAUUUCUUUUACUCUGCUCAUUUAAAAUGCUACAGUAAGACAUUACAUAGAGCAAAGGCAAGGAAGACACCUUUUCAUGUUGGAAGAUGCCUUCAAAUGGUCUUUAUAAAUUUCCAAAUGGUUUUACCUAACCUAAUCUGGUUAUUUCAUUUCAUGUGUUAAAUGUGAAUUAAAAGUUUACUGAAACAUUG